AUGUCCAGGGCCAGGGGUACUACUUGUGCCAUGGCCACCACCUUUCUUCUCCUAAUUCUAGCCAUGGCCGCCACCAUCUCUUGCCUCCAAUUAGAACUGGAGGCACUGUUGCAAAUGGCUCAAACCCAGGUUCUGCAAUCUAAGAAUUUUUGGGUCCAGGCCUCUCUCGGACGAGUUCUGCAUGGGUCAAAAGUUCCCAGUUGGAAAAACCAUGCAAGGGGUGGGUCUUUUAGUGACUGUGCUAGGCUCUAUGAUGAGAGCGAGUCCCUGCUUGCUCGCUUGCUCUCUGAUAUGAUGAAGAGUCAUUACACAGACGAUGAUGCUCGCACUUGGCUAAGUGGCGUGCUGGCAAACCAUAGGAGUUGCUUGGAUGGAUUGGAUCACCAUGAGAAGGGUUUUGUUGAUCAGGACCAUCAUGUGGUGGCAGAAAAUCUGACCACGUUACUAAGUGAAGCUCUUGCUAAAUUGUAUGUGAGUGAUGGUAGUACGGGUAGGACAUGUACAGGUGGAAACCCGAGUGGCAAAAAAUCUUCUCAAAAUGGGGGCAUUUUAACAUCAUGGAAUCCGUCAACUUCCAGUGCCAACUUCAUAGUGGCAAAGGAUGGUUCUGGCACUCACAGGACAAUCAAUGCAGCAGUUGUUGCACUUUCUAGAAUGGGUCGCAAGCCACCUGAACGAGUAAUAAUCUCCGUGAAAUCAGGGGUCUACAAUGAGAAAGUGGAGAUCGGAUGGAACAUGAAGAAUGUCAUGUUGGUUGGUGAUGGCAUCGACAAAACAAUUGUCACCGGUAACAGAAACGUCCUAGACGGUUCUACCACUUUGAACUCGGCCACAUUUGGUGUAUCCGGGGAUGGUUUCUGGGCAAGGGAUAUCACAUUUGAGAACACAGCUGGACCCUACAAACACCAAGCUGUGGCACUAAGGGUAAGCUCGGACCGCGCUGUGUUUUAUCGAUGCAGUUUCAGAGGCUACCAAGACACUCUCUGUGUGCACUCUUUAAGGAAAUUUUAUCGUGACUGCCACAUCUAUGGCACUAUUGAUUUCAUCUUUGGUGAUGCCCCGGCGGUGUUCCAAAACUGUGACAUUUUUGUAAGGAGGCCAAUGCGCCACCAAGCCAACAUGAUAACAGCACAAGGUAGAGUUAAUCCAAAUGAGAAUACAGGAAUUGCCAUUCAAGGUUGUAGGAUUAGGUCAGCAAGUGAUCUCAGUGCAGUAAAAAACACAUAUAGAACUUUCUUGGGUAGGCCAUGGAAAAAGUAUUCCACGACUGUGUUUAUGAAGACUAACCUAGAUGGUUUAAUUGAUCCAGAAGGGUGGACGGAAUGGAGUGGAAACUUUGCACUUUCUACACUGUUUUAUGGGGAGUAUAUGAAUACAGGUAUUGGUGCAUCUACUCAAAGAAGGGUGAAAUGGCCUGGUUUUCAUGUGCUUAAAAGUCCCCGGGAGGCUAGUCCUUUUGCAGCUAGUACAUUUAUCCAGGCAGAGUCAUGGAUUCCAGUGACGGGAGUGCCAAUUUGGCUUGGAAUUGAAGGGGUUCUUUCCACCUCACAUAAUAUACUUUCCAUCUUAUUUUCCACAAGAUCGAUCUGUAUUUAA